UCCACGAAAUUAAUUUUGAUUUAUAUUUCAACCCAGCCUAAAAGAUUCUCUCAAUCAAAAACUUGCUAUCCAAGCUCUUUUUCCGUUAACAAUAAUUAAUAAAUGGGUCCAAGUGAACAUGGAAGAAGAUCCUCCCAUUAAUCCAAACAAUCUUGUUUCCAUAUUAGUUAAGGAAACAUCACUUCUUCAUUUCAAUUAACUCUCCUUCCUAUUUAAAGCCUUGUGUUGUUUGUUUUAAGAUUCAAAGAGAAACUAAAUAAUCAUAUUCUUUUUUUUUAGACAAGGAAAUGGACCGGGAUAAACAGAGGAAGGAGUUAAUUAAGAGGGAGAAAUCUUUAAAGAUUUCUUAUAAUAAAAGAAAGCAAAACUUGUUAAAGAAAGGAUAUGAAUUAGCAACUCUUUGUGGUGUUGAUUUAUGUGUCAUCGUCUUCGAUCCGAAACAACGAAACGAACAUGUCGAGCCAGAGACAUGGCCUGUUGAUUCACAACAAGUUAAGAACAUAAUCAGACAGUACCAAAGAAAAGAGCAAGAAAAGAGAUCAUUCUUGUAUGUUUCUGACAAUUCUGAAAAGAUUCCUGAUGAUUUUACUAAUUCGUGCGAGAAAAGGCGGCCUGAAUGGAUUGAUUGGAUGAAUGAGUGCUCGGAGCAUGAAUUACAGCAGUUUCUUUGUAAAUUGGAAGAUAAAAUUAAAGUUGCUGACGAGAAAAUCCGAAUACUGAUGAAUUAUAGCCAGCUUGGAAUGGUUACUGGUGCGUGUCAGGUUGGAAACGGCCAGGAAUUGAAAUUGUUUCCGGGAAAUCAAAACUUUGUCGAAACUGUUGAGGUUCAUGAGCAGCACAACGAUUGGAAUUGGGACUAUUCAAUGGUUCACAAUAAUAAUAUUGCAUCAACAAGUGAGACUCAGUUUCCACAAUUACAUGAACCUGUCUACUUUGAUCCUGCAUUAUGGAACUCGAACAAUUCGAUGGUUAAUAAUGCUAAUCCUUGGCUGAGCUACAACGAUCCAACUAUGCAAUCGAUUCUAACUUUUCCGGAGUUUCCGUAUAUUUAUGAUGUUCCUCUUCAUAUCAAUUCUUCUGAAUCCAAUGAGACUAUUAAUUUCUUUCAACAGAACAAUAGUAAUGCGAUGAGUUGGAUAUGACAUGAAGUAUAGCUAGCUAGUACUAAUUUUCAAUUUUCUUGGAAUUUAAUGCUGCUACAUUUUGGUUUCUAACACAUUAUUCCCUUGUUAUUGUAUAAAUUACAUUAUUUCCGCCAGCAUUUUAAUUUGCACUUAACUUGG